AUGGUCAUGGGAACGACUAUUUUAGACGAUGCUGGUUAGGGAAUGCUCUUUCGUGAAUAUUUGUGUCGGUAAGCUAAGCUCAUUGUGUUUACCGUAACCCAUUCUCUCUCUUUCAACAGCCACUCUGGCCGAGUUGGCUCAUCGAGAAUACCAGGCGGGCAGUUAUGAUCGUGCCGAACAAAUCUGUAUGCAGUUGUGGAGACAACAGCCAGAAAACACUGGAGUUCUGUUGUUGUUAUCGUCAAUACACUUUCAAUGUCGUCGAUUAGACAGGUACACGAAGUCGUUAACCGAAUUUUCUUGCGUGCUGUUGUUGUACGUUGUUUUGAGGAUAGGAUCGCAACAACCAACAUUUCUUACAAUUUUAUGGCGUAUCUCAACUUGAUAACUUGCCUUAAAAGCAUUUUUCAAAUCGUUUAGCACUUUCUGUUUUCAUUUUCUAUAGAUCGGCGCAUUUUAGUACCUUAGCCAUCAAACAAAAUCCAGUUCUCGCCGAGGCGUACUCUAACUUAGGAAAUGUGUAUAAAGAAAGAGGUCAGCUGAAGGACGCCUUGGAUAACUACCGACAUGCUGUUAAGUUAAAGCCUGAUUUCAUCGAUGGAUAUAUCAAUUUAGCUGCGGCAUUAGUGGCUGCUGGAGAUUUAGAAGGAGCAGUAAAUGCGUAUGCAACAGCAUUGCAGUAUAACCCGGUAUAGUACUGAGUUUAUCUGUUACUUUUUCGUUCAUUGUUUGUUUCGCUAGAAUACGGCUUAAGCUCGGUGAGAUUUAUCUAAAGCUCUUAAAAAACAAAUCGACUGCUGUGUGUUACAACUCAGCGAAUGAUGAAGAGAAUAAUUCUGACUGAGAGAAAUUUCGUCCAUCCAGCUGAAGUUUCGCGAUCUUUUCCAUUCAUUGUUUUGAGCAAAUAAAUUUGUGCUAAUGUCACAUCUGACGCGAAGAAACGUGUUAUUUGUCUUCCAUGCUUUGACAAACUCAAAGCUUUAUCUCAAUAGCCGCAGUCGCAGUCUUCAGUAUUUCUUAAUAUUUGCCAGGAUUUUGAAAUUCCGGUCAUAUUGGUAUGCUGAAGAAGGUUCAAUCUCGUUGACGUGUGGAAUGUGAAAUAAGUCGGUUAUUUUGUUUCACGUUUUAGUGUUUGUCAAUUGAAUUUCUUGUCGAAAUAGUCGCUCACUUAACUGAACAUAACUUUGUUAUGAAUUCCCUUCAUACCUUACCUGGUUAGUGAGAGUAUUCUUAAUGCAGUAAAUGGCUUAGUGUAAUGAAUGGCAUUUGGAUACUACAAUUGUCUUCCGCUUGAUAAUUCCAACUCUUAGAUUGACUGACUUCUCUGUCAAUGUACCUGGCAUAUUGUCAAUAUUUUUUGGGCCCUUUCCAUUGGCCACCGCAGACUAAUGUCUAAGUCUGUACACCAUAUUGUUCCAAGUGGUUCAAGAGAAUCCUAAUUUUGUUAAUAUUGCAAGAAGCGCUGAAAGCUUCGAUUAUUUAUAGUGUUAAUUUUGUAUAGCAAAGAAUGAAGUAGUUUAACUCAGCAAUGACAGUUUUCAUGGUCUUUUGCCUGUAGCAUUUUUCGCAAUUUUAUUUGAGUGCUUUUUAGACAAUUAUUUUUUUGUAUGGCUUCUUUUACCAAACUUAAGCAAGGAAUUAGGUCUUUUUUAUGAUUCUAAUUUUUUAAUGGCCAUGAAAUCAAGGUUCCUUUCCUUAUUUAUGUAGUUAUUUAAUUUUUCAGUGUUUAAAUAAUAUUUGUGGUAUGUGGAGUUGACAGCACCUUUUUAUAUUUUUGUGAACAGGAUCUCUAUUGUGUACGCAGUGAUCUUGGUAACCUUUUAAAGGCUUUAGGGAGGCUAGAAGAGGCUAAGGUACAUUACCAAUUUUCUGGAAAACAGAAGGGGAAAAUUUCAUAUUCAAGGCAGUCGUUCUGGUCUUGACAAUGAAAGGUUCCUUCUCUUCCUGGUAUUGAGUGCUUCUGGAAACAACCUUGUGAAUGUUCACAGUUUGUGUGCCUCACGCAAAUUUAAUUUCAACAUUCAACGUGACCUCAAUUUUAUCAUUCUGAUUUCCAAGAGGUAAAAAGGUAUAUUGUCCUCACACUAUGAUUACAUGUCACAAUGAGGGAAGGCUUUUUAGAAAAAGUUCCCUUCUACGAGCUAAAACUUAUAUCACCCAGUCCUCAAAGAUUAUUGAUAUUUUAAAUGUGGGAAUAGAAGAUUUUUAAGGUGACGUCUUCAGCUGUGUGUGCUCCAUGUUCAGAAUUUUGUUAAUGAAACCAGAAUAAUUCUAAUUGCAUGAGAGUGAAUUUCUCAAUACUCUGCAGUGUGAUGAUAGAUUGUGCAUUAGCAUAAAUUAGAUCUUGUUACAGUUGCCAGUUUGUUUAUCUCUUUUGGAAGUCCCAAGUUUUGAUAAGGCUGUGUGAAUUAUGGAGGAUAUUUAAUGGUCUUGCUGAUGAAAGUUCUAACAUCAAACAGUGAUGUUGUUUGAUAACACACUUGUGCUAAUGCAGGGUUUUUGGAAAUACUCUCAUAGCAAAUUGGAUAUUUUCCUGUGUGGGAUGGGUGGGUUACUUGGAUAUCUUGGGGCUUUGGGGUCAUUAUUUAAAGUAUUAUGGAUGGAUUGUGAAAUGUGUGUUGGCAAGACCAACAUAUCUGUGUCAAUAUUCUUGAAGAGCACAUCACUUCAACAUGAAAUUGGCUGCCUUGUAUGGCACUUGAAAAUUGAUGUGUCAUGGUGAUUCCUAUGCUGUUUAUACUGUAGUAACCGGUAGGGUUAUCAAAGUGUUCCUUUUGCUGGUGGAGCUUGCUCAAGAAGUGACACAGUUGUGUUGGUUAGACUGCAAGUUGGAAUGUGCAACUUUUUUAUGUGAUCCCUAACAUUCAAUCUACCCUUGUUUUCCCCUUUUAUUUAUCUCUCCCAGUAAACUUAUACAGGGUACGUACGCUCUUGAUGGAGUACACCGGCUGAAGGGAACCGUUUGCAGAAAGAUGAACUUCUCAAAGCACGUCUUUGGCCCUUUCCCAAACUUGCUUUCCCUGUCUACCAUGCUUUGCCCAGUUUGCUGUUACAGACUUCUCAAACAGAAACAGAAGUUUUCAAUACAGUUUUUGUGAAAAUUUUGAAUUUGCUUUAAAUUUGGAUAGGGGUUUUUUUUAUGUUGGGUAGGAGCACAGCUUUUCAGAGAUAAGUUAAUUUGAUUGCAUUUUAAUUGCUUUGAGUAAUGCAGCAAAGUACUGGCAUAGGAGCUUUUGUAUUGAAAAACUCCCGUUACUGGAUUGAGUUGUCUGCUUGCAUCCUUUCCUGGAAGUCAUGUGGUUGAUCUCAUACCUUGGAAAGAAAGAAAAUGGUCUUAUUAUCCAUUCAACACCUUGUCCCAGUUACGAAGGAGCUUUGCUUAUUGUUUUAUUAAAAUCAGAUGUUGAGUGGUUGGGAAAAAUUUCAAAAGACAAGGCUGACUGUUGUUGUUUCUUUGCUCUUGUAGAUUGAUGUGAAGAAUGCAAAUCUUGUUUUGUCUCCUCACGUUGAUAAAAUGGUUCCCGAUCUCCAGCAAUUGAUGGGUUAAUUUACUGCUUUCAUUUGAGACAAGUCUGCAUUUGUAUUGAGUGUAAAGCAGUAUUACUUUCAAUCACUGGAAAUUUGGGGACUGUUUUCUUAGAGGUGAAAGAAGUUGCAAACUGAAAUAUUGGCACAGGCUUGGUUUUAAAUUUCAUUCAUUGCCACAUCAAACUUUCCCUUUUUAUAUCCUGUCAUUAUAUGUUGGUCCAAUUUUUCUUGAUCUGGAUUGCAAUUUUUCCAUGCCUUUUGCCACAUUGUUACUUCUCAAGCCUCUAACUUGGUUAUGUGUUGAGGCAAGACAAGGUAUUUGUUCUCUCACACAAUCUUGAUGAAGAAAUCUGUAAGCUUUUCCAACGGGACAAGGUGUUUUGUGAACUAAUGGAUACUGUAAUCUAGCAUUGUAUUUCAGCCAAGACAGGACAAAACAAGAGGCCAACUAAACUGUUGGUGGAAAAUAUCGAAAUAGUAUUGCGUUGUUACAAAGGAUGAGAACAAAACCAUGAUUGUCUCUUUUUGCUCUCUACUAUCGCUAUCUGUCUUGCCUGUGUUUUUGUGUUAUUCUUGUUUUUGCUAUGAUUGUUUUCUUGCUCUCUGCUGUUUACUCUCGCUGCCAUCUGCUCUCUUUUUGCUUGCUGUGUGCCUUUCCCAUCAAUUUUUUUUGCCCCCAUUUUGCUGCUCAUUUUUGAAUUGAAAGGCGUGCUACUUGAAAGCAAUAGAAACACAGCCCAGUUUUGCAGUGGCCUGGAGUAAUCUUGGCUGUGUGUUCAAUGCUCAAGGAGAAAUAUGGCUGGCUAUUCAUCACUUUGAGAAGGUAAUACUACUGAUCAGAGAAGUGUUUCUUGUGGCUAAAGAGUUGCAUGACUACUCAUGCUAAUUAGGUUUUUAGUUAGGCUGAGAAAUUAGGCACCAAGGAUAUAUUUGACAUAUAUUGUAGACAUCAGAAACAGGUGGAUCCCUUAGUUUGCAAGGUGGUAGUAAGCUGUGGCAGGAACAUGUCUAAGGAGGAAGUAAACAUAUUGGAUCUCCGAGAAUAAUAAGCCAGUCCAUGCUACAAAAAACAGAGCAUUUAUAUGUCUCUAUGAGAAUUAAAAUGAUUUUGUACGAAAUUUGGACCCUACCAUUGUUGAUGUGUAAUAUAUACAUUUGAUUUGAACUUUCUGCAUUUAGUUUUAACUUUUUACCCUGUUUGGGAUUUAUUGUUGCACCAUGGGCCAUUGGGGAUGAUGAAAUUUUUGCAUCUUUAUAUGUAUUAUGAUGAAAACAUUAAGUUUCAAAACUGUGAGGAUCUUAGCUUGGGAGACCUAAAUUAAAAAAGGGGUCAGCUGAUUUUGUCUUACAGUGUGAAAAAAACCUGUAAAUUUCAUACAUGUUAUUUUAAUGUUCUGCUCUGUUUAUUUUUGUUCCAUCAAGGCUGUUCAGCUGGAUCAGAACUUUCUUGAUGCCUACAUUAACCUAGGGAAUGUUUUAAAGGAGGCCAGAAUUUUUGAUAGGUGAGGGCAGUGUUAUUUGUGUUCAUAUUCAGUGAAAUUGAUAUGGUAGCACACUUUGUGUAUGCAGCUGAUUCAGGAAUUGUUGCUAGUGUGUUUUGAACAGUUCGGCUCCAUUUUGGAUGAUUUUGUGGAUAAAGUGGAAAUGUUUGUAAUCUUUCUGUUCCCUCUCCAAUUUUCAUCAGAGCUGUUGCUGCAUACCUCCGAGCUUUAAACUUGAGCCCCAAUCAUGCAGUUGUCCAUGGAAACUUGGCUUGUGUGUACUAUGAACAAGGGUAAGGAAAUUGUAGAAUAGUAUUUAAGUCAAGUGACUCUCGCUUGCAGGUGACUCCUUUGUGUGACUGGCAUCCUUGUUUCAAUACCAUGAUUCUUAUUUUUCUUUUCCUUUUCUCACAGACUUAUUGAUUUAGCAGUGGACACUUACAGAAGAGCAAUUGAACUUCAACCAAACUUCCCAGAUGCCUAUUGUAACUUGGCCAAUGCCUUAAAGGAACAAGGAAAGGUCAGCUGUGUAUGUAGUUCAUUUAUUUCCCAAACACUCUUUUUACUUUCUGCAUUAUGUGCUCUUUCCCAUUCAUCUGCUAUUUAACGCACCAUAUUUAUACUUAUCUGUUUCAAAAGAAAUACGAUCAAGUGGUGUUUUUUGUAGAAUCAUUUUUAUUGAGGAUUAUAUGUUGAUUACAUCUCACUUUCUCAAGGUAUCUGAGGCAGAAGAAUGCUAUAAUACAGCUUUGAGGCUUUGUCCUACCCAUGCAGAUUCUCUAAACAACCUUGCCAAUAUCAAAAGAGAGCAAGGCAAGAUAGAGGAGUCAGUUAGGCUGUACUGCAAAGCUCUUGAGGUACUGUUUUAGUAAUUUGUUUUUUCAGUUGUGAUUGAUUUAUGCAUGUUUGAGAAGGAAAAAACUUAGAGUAUUUUGAUCUCUUUACAGAUCUUUCCUGAAUUUGCUGCUGCCCACUCAAAUCUUGCAAGUGUUCUACAACAACAAGGGAAGCUCCAUGAAGCUUUGCUGCAUUAUAAGGAAGCUAUCAGGUUAAUACUAGAUAAACCUUUUGCAUACUUUUUUCCUAGUUAUGAGAUUGAAAGUUUGCCCUCCCUAAAUCUUUUUAAUUGUGCCAUUCUUUCUUGUUCCGUAAGGCUACAGACUUGAUAAAUUUUAUUAUUCUGAGACAUGAAUGAUAAUUAGAUGUCUUUAACUCGGUUAUAUCCCAGAAUUCAGUGAGUUUUUUUCAGCAACAAAGGCUAAUUAACAUGAAUACAAAUGAGUGAUACAUUUUGUUCAAUUUUAGAACAAGAUGUUUUGCCCCACCUUCCUGCAUUGAUCGUUCAUUAUUAAUUUUUGAUAAUGUCUAGAAUUCAUCCUACAUUUGCUGAUGCUUAUUCCAACAUGGGAAACACAUUGAAAGAAAUGCAAGACGUCCAGGGAGCAAUCCAGUGUUACACUAGAGCCAUACAAAUAAACCCAGCCUUUGCUGAUGCGCACAGUAACUUAGCAUCAGUUCACAAGGUAUGUGGUGAGGUGUACUCUGUAUGAGCAGCCCCCACUGUAAUCAUUAAAUUUGAAUGUGUGCUAUCUCACAGUAUAAUUUACAAAGGAGGCAAAAAAAUAUGAGCAGGAGGAAUAAAUUGCUUGUAUCAUAGAAAUAGCAAGUGUUCUGUUGGAUUUUUAGCUCCAGUGUUAUGAUAAAUUAUUAGCAAGUACAACACACUGGGCAAAAGGGAUGCAACAAUGCAUAAUAAUUACUAAGUGUGAGCUAAUUUGAACUUUGCGAAUGCAAGCUUUAGUGGUGGAUAAGUUAUUGUUAUUUACAUCAUGUUCUAGCUUUUCCCCAUUUUCUUUACAAUUUGGAAGUGUUCUUAUGCUACGUCAUGCAUUGUUGUGGAAGCAUUGUUGUUGGGUUUGUCUCGUUAUUGUUUUCAUUAGGAUUCUGGAAACAUUCCUGAAGCGAUCCAGUCAUACAGAACAGCACUAAAGUUGAAGCCAAACUUUCCUGAUGCAUACUGUAACCUGGCUCAUUGUUUACAGGUAACUAACAUAUUGUACAUCCUACACUUUGAUAUAUUUACAUACUUUACCUAGUGCUCCUCAAUAACCAUACUAGGGCCAGUCUUCAUUGUGAAGCUUGGAGAAGUAUCAGUUUGCAUUUGGGAUAGGGUGCUAAGCUGUGACGGGUUACAGUUAGGUUGCACUUGCGCUGCAAAAUUCUGAAUUUUUUAAUCCACUGUCUCUAAUACAUACAAACUUUAAACCUGUCUUUCCACUGAUGAAAGGCAAAACUUAAAAUGUGGGGGAACUUCCAAUCUAACUGAUGUCACUUUAAGUUCAUAUCAAUUAAUUGCUUUUCCUCUGGUACAUACCUGAGUGCCUUGCAGUGAACAUAUUUUUCUGUUUCUGUUUUAAAGAUUGAAUAACUUUAAGUAUCUUUACUCUCUGACCAAACUGAUUUUGUUUGUUUCCAUUUAGAUUAUCUGUGACUGGACAGAUUAUGAGUCUCGUAUGAAGAAACUUGUGUCAAUCGUAGCUGACCAGUUGGAGAACAACAGACUUCCAUCUGUGCACCCUCAUCACAGCAUGCUAUACCCACUUACGCACAAAAUGAGAAGAGACAUUGCCAAUAGACACGGCAAUCUUUGUGUGGAGAAGGUAUCACAAAAAUGUACUUUAUUUUUCCUUGUAAGCUAGUGAUUCUUUACUUGGGUUUUGCCAAGAAGAUUUGAAAUUACAGGAGAUGUGUUGAGAAUUGUUCUGCACCAGGAAUUACAUCUCCAUGUUCUUGUAUUUGGCAGCAUUUUUUUUUUUUUGGUCCAAAACUUUGACUAGAGCCGGGGAAAACUUCUAUGAGGUCAGGAAAGUUGUCAGUCUUUGGAAUCUAUACUCCUGUUGACUGUCAGGCACCAGCAUUUGGAUAUUUCUACAUUCAUAGUUUGGGAAAGUUAAGUUUGAUUUUGUUUUGUUUUGAUUAUUGUUAUCUGAUCAGUUUUAUCCUGAAUUUUCCAAGGUUGCUCUUCUACACAAACCCCCUACUCUUAUCCAAAGUCUUUGA